GACGCUUCCAUGAAUGACGGAACGGGCUCCGCCUAAAUCCGUUGGGCUGGGGAGAGGAGGGGACGAACAGCCGACAAGGAGAGAGAGAACGCGUGUCUGAUAAAGGAGGGAGGAAUUGCUGAAGAAUCAGACCAACUACGAUAAAACCCACAGAGCCACACCGGGGCUGAGAUUAUGACGUAGGCACGAUCCUCGAGCGUUCAGCGCAUCCAUCGCGCUCCUCAGCAACUUGGUGAAGAGACUCGCCGGCGCGCAUGAAGCUCGGAAGCAGCUGCGCUGAAGCCUCCUCACCUUUUAAAGUGCAUCGGUGACGAAAGCGAUCGGGUGCUCUUAAAUUCAGCACUUGGUUUACUAGACAGCUCCUGUGUGCCGGUUUCCCUAACUGGACUCAAUUUCAAGAGCAGUUCUUUCAGUACUUUCAGAACACUCGCACGCAUGAACAUUAGAAGUGUCAUCACAUUUCUCGCUUUCAUCUAACUGCGAUCCAUAGCCUGGGACCUUUUUGAUUCUCCACUAAAUAUGUACCAGGGGCAUUUGCAGGGGAAAGACUCUAGGGCUGCAGAUAAGACCGUUGCCAUGGUCCUGAAGGAGAUACCCAAUAAGGCGUCCUCAGAAGGCAAGCCCCUCCUCACGGUGACAAACAAGCUGGUGAGUGAGCAACAAGAGAGCCGUCCCUUGCUGAGCCCUUCCAUCGAUGAUUUCCUCUGCGAGACCAAGUGUGAUGGAGCUGCCCGCCCAGUAACCUCCAACACAGCAGUACUGUCCUCCUCUCUGGACCUGCUGGAUCUGAGUGAGCCUGGUGAGAGAAGACACAGCAAAGACAGAAAGAGUCCUCUUUCUUCUAAGGGCACACCAUACAGGAAGAAGCCAGAUGAAACUGAGCUGAUCCAAGUGGAUGUCGAACAGAGUAUACCCUGUUCUCGCACACCUGAAAAGAUUUCAUUGGACUCAGUAGCAGUUCCAUCUUCUUUGGACAAAUGGGAAGAACUCAACCCACACCCGGAGCGAAAUGGUAGCAGAAAGUGGAAACUUGAGAGAAGACGUUCAUCAAAAAAUUCUGGUGAAUUUGUGUGGUCUAUGGAUUGCAAGACUCAGCUAGACACUACCCCCAGGAACUCCCUGGAGGUCAAUAAUAAAGUAGAGGCGGAAGCCGUGCCAGUAACUCAACUCAACAGGCAAUAUGUUAGUGGAAGACAUGGCCGUUUGAGCAAAGACCAAAGGUGGGGUAGCACACUCCUGUCCAGAAACCAGUCUCUGGAGGAAGAGUUUGAGAGAGCUAAGGCAGCAGUGGAGUCAGACACAGAGUUUUGGGAUAAGAUGCAGGCGGAAUGGGAAGAACUCGCUCGCAGGAACUGGCUAACAGAGAAUGAGCGCCCACAGAUUCCCUCUAACGUGUCUCCUUAUGAAAAGGGAUAUUACUUCCACACAGAUAACCCUUUCAAAGACUGGCCAAAUGCAUUUGAGGAGGGAUUACGCAAGUCCAGAGAGGGAGACCUGCCUAAUGCCGUACUUCUCCUGGAAGCAGCUGUGCUGCAGGACCCUCAAGAUUCAGAGGCUUGGCUGGUGCUGGGAACCACGCAAGCAGAGAAUGAGAAUGAGCAGGCAGCAAUUGUCUCCCUCCAGAGGUGUCUAGAACUCCACCCCAACAACCUCCAGGCCCUCAUGGCCCUGGCAGUGAGCCUGACCAACACGGGCAUGAGGCAGGAAGCGUGUGAGGCGCUGCUGAGCUGGAUAAGGCACAACCCCAAAUACAAGCAUCUUCUGAAGAGCCGCACACACCUGCAGGCCUCACCCAGCUCACGGAGACCCUCCUACCCCUCCACAACAAGCUGCCCCCUGCUGCCCGAGGUGAAGGAGCUGUACCUGGAAGCCGCCCAGCACAACUCGGACAUGAUCGACCCAGACCUGCAGACAGGGUUGGGAGUGCUGUAUAACCUCAGCUCCGAGUUCAACAAAGCAGUGGAAGCCUUCAAUGCAGCGCUGUCAGUGCGGCCGGAGGACUACCUGCUGUGGAAUCGGCUGGGGGCGACACUGGCUAAUGGAGAUCGCAGCGAGGAAGCUGUGGAGGCCUAUACCAGAGCCCUGGAGCUGCAGCCCGGCUUCAUCCGCUCACGAUACAACCUCGGCAUCAGCUGCAUUAACAUGGGCGCUCACAGGGAGGCAGCCAGCAAUUUCCUGACGGCUCUCGGUCUGCAGAGGAAGAGCAGGAGUCGGCAGCUUUCGCACCAGGUCAUGUCUGGAAACAUCUGGGCGGCCCUGCGGAUAGCACUGUCCAUGCUAGACCAGCCGGAGCUCUUUCAAGCUGCUAACAUCGGAGACCUGGACUUACUCAUGAAAGCUUUUAACCUGGAUAUGUGAGCGAGGAUACCCUUUAACCAUGGCAAAUAUCCAAAGUCCUUUAUGAGAAGAACUUUGUCAGAACAGCAACCUUUGUUUCGCAGAGCACCUUUACAUUCCUGAGAACUGAGUGCUGAAUGAUACUAUUUUUGCACAUCAGUUCACGAUUACCCUAAAGAGCACAAUGCCGGGCGAAGAUUGUAAGCGAAGUAUGCCUUAGAGAAAAUAUCAGCUAGACCUGCAAUGUAACAGUGGGAACUGGAGGAAAACUCGAUUUGUCUCGUAAUCCUGCAAUUGGUGAGAGGAACGCAGAUUGUAAAUGUGCAAGAACAACACUGACUUCACAUUAAUGACUUGAUUAGACAUGUACUGUACUGCGUAGACUUCAUGUAUUGGUUCGAUUGCACUCUUUAUUUGAGAUGGUGGGGUUAUUAGAGAUUUCGGUGGCACUUAGUUCAGCCCUGGACACUCCUCACCUGAUCUCUGCUGCAUCAUCCCCUUUAUUUCCUGGAGCUUGCAGACCAGAUUAAAAAGCCUUACUUAUCUUGCAUGUAAAAUAAAUAAUUGAGAUGUUAUCGGUAUGAUAUCAGAUAAAAGCCAUUCUUUGCCAUA